AGUGCAAUGCCAACAUCGUAUUGGUAUGUAUGUUAUCGCUCGAUUCCAGCGUCUUUUUGUAUAUUCUUUUGAUCAAGUUUUUGUUGCCUUUUACUUGAGUUGUUGUUGUUUCGUUAAAUUUUCUUAUUUGCCAUCGUUGAAAUUGUUUAUCUUCCGGUAAAUAUUUAAAAAAAAAGCAAGAAAUGGCAGUGAAAUGUGACUUUGUUAAUGAAUUUCUUCUAAUUGAAUGGUGUUAAAUUGAAAGGUCUUUACGUCUUACACGGUGUCUAAAUUAAUACCUUUUACUUAUAGAGUGCAAAAGUUGAGUUAUUGUUAAGAUACAUUUUUUUCGGUCUUGAGUCACACAUGCUACAAAGAAUAUCGGUAUGGUGUUGAACACUCGGUAACAUAAAAGUCGAAGUUAUUAUGCGUUUUGCGUCUCGUAUUUUAUUUAUUUAUGAUGAAGUUCUGUGCACAUAUAUAUACAUAUAUGAGGAUUAAAUGCAAAAUGUGAACAAACUGGCAAUGCAACAAUUGAUAUUUUCUCAAUACCGUUGAGAAUAACUUUACAAAAUUGAUUUCUGAAGAAAUGCAUCGUGAUAUAUUCUCGUGUGCUGGAAUAUAGCUUGAGAAAUAUUUUUAUUGAAAUUGAAAUGAGAAAAUGCCGACUGGAUGCUGUGCGACUCGACUAUAACAUAAUAGAGAAGAACAGUGGCAACACAUGGGCUAAAUCGUUAAAUCUUGGGUUGAAUGGUGAUUUGUGAGCUGAUGCAUUGCAGUGUAUUGUUUAACUAUAUAUGAUAUCAAAUGAUAUUUAAUUACAUCUGUACAAUAAAUGUGUGUGUGCAGUGUAUAGUGUAAGCAUUGAGGAUAUUGUGUAUAUGUUCAAUAAAACAUAUUUUGUUUAAAUUCAGUGAAGUGAAGUGUUACAAAAAUCUCAAAGUUACAUAGCUGACGAAUUAAAUAUAUAUUAAUCUGAGGAGCUGUAUUCUCGGAUAAUAUUCGGAGAGGAGUGUAUCACUAUUUAACACACGAAAAAAAUCAAUAAAAAAUGUAAUAUAAAUGUGAAAAUAAUAAUAAUAGAAAGUCAAGUUUGAUCGUUGCUCAAGGUGUGGGAAUACAUCAAAGAACGGCGUUAUGGCAUGUCUAAAUUUCAUCAUAUUAAAGGUGAAUGGUCGUGAUGUGAGCAACUUAGCACACGAGGAGGCUGUCAAUGAAUUUCUUAAUGCACCCGAACCGAUUUUGGUCGAAGUUCGGCGCCGGUUGAAUGAUGAGCUAAUUAUUAAGACUCCCUCAGUUGAAACAAAAAAAGACAUCGGUGAAUCAUUAGAAACUAUAGCAGUUGAGAAGCCUACAGUCAAUGAUGUGUCCGCAGAAGAAGUGAAAAACCAUGAGCUGGAGAAUGGAUCGAAAAAGAACCUGGUGUCGAUAGGAAUACAAACGGAACAAUUUUCAUUCGAUAACGAAUUAAUUUUCAACGAAUCACCGAUAAGCGAUCAUCCGUGCAAUGGGUUUAAUGAGUGCUUGACACCGGCUAUUGAUAUUGAGGAAGUGACACUAAGGAAAAGCCAAAGUCAUGAACGAAUUGGACUGACCGUCAGCUACAGUUCGGGCAAUGGCUCUGGAUCUGGUUCAGAUGAUGCCGACACCUGUACCGAGGUGUAUAUUAGCGAUAUUAUGCCGGAUAGUGUAGCUGGCCGGGAUGGACGUCUUCGACAAGGAGAUCAAAUCUUACAGGUUAAUGGACGAGAUGUAUCCACGAAAGAGGACACUGAAUCACUUUUUGCCGAAAAUAAAAAUGCUGUGACACUCCUAGUUAGUCGAUGCUUAUUUACGGACGAAGAAUAUCUAGAAACCGGAGAAUUUUUCGACGAGGAUGCAACCUAUGAAAAUUGCCUUAUCGAACAAAUGUUAGAUGAUCGAACGUUACCACUAAAUGACGUAACAGAGCCACCAAAUGACCUCAAAUCUAAUCAGUCCACCACCAAGCCGUGCAACACACAAAAAACGGAAAAGCCCAAGCAACAACCGAAUAACAACAUCGAAGAGUCGCGGGUACUUCCUACGUUGCCAUUGUCGGCUGAAGCACUAAUGAAUGGAGAUGAUCUGAACCACUCAUCGAUCAAAGCCCAUCUGCAAUCGGUUAGCCAAGAAAUUUCUAUGCUCGAUCAUCGAAUCGAGCACAUCUUGUUACACAAGCAUAAUCAACGCCAAGCGUCAAACAACGUGAAUUCCGAUCAAUCUUCAUCUGGAAUUUAUCGGGUACCAGUAGACACGAUGACAAAGUCAUGCGAUUCCAAUGAGCCAACACUAAAGUUAUCUGACAUUUCGAACCAGCAAAAACGUCGACUGCCACAGUUUCCCUACAUCCCGCCACCCAUCGAGUCGGAUACGGAACACAUCUACGAGACAAUACCAGAAGACUCCGAAUUAGAGCCGAUCUACUGUGCCCCAUACAAAGCCAAUGAUGACCCACCGAAUGCCGUCGAGCAGUGGUUGAAAAUGAGCAACGGUUGCCAAAAUGUAAAUUUUAAUCGACCGUGCUCGUUUCCGGCAGCCACUCAGAAGCAAACAAAUUGGACGAAAACUGUGAAAAGCAAUUCAAGUGCCGACGAUCACGAGAACAGUUCCAGUGCUUACAACACAGGCGGUUCGUGUAACAGUAACACGUUAACAUUGGAAUUGAAUUUGAAUACGGAUGACAAAGAUCAGGAGCAAUAUCGAUCAACGUUAGUGUUAUGUGAUAAGUCGAAGGAAAGUCGCGAUGGUCGAUCAGGUAGGGAUAGAGACGGUGUGGCAGAUACCAAAGGUGGAAAGAGUCAGAAACAGUCGAAGAAAGAUGCAGGCAAGGGAACGGCAUCCAGUCCUAAACAUCAUGCAAGUCGAACGUUAGAUGCAAACAGGACAGUUGAUGGAUCAAGCAACCAUUUUCCACAACCGAACUCAGGCACUGUUAAUAUUCCCGCUGAUACGAUGUACACAAACUUUGCGAACCUGCAACAAACGAUGUUGUUGCAACAGAGACUGUUCCGACAAGCGCUAAUUCGUCAAAAUUCCAGUGUUUCAACAAAGAAUUACACAGCGCCUAGCUUAAGUCAAUACCAAUUCGUUAGCGGCCAACAGUUGUACACACAUACGAUUCAACCGCAGCCGAGUGAAGAACGUAUGGAAUGGAAGGUCAAACGCCGACCAGAUGGUACGCGGUAUAUAGCAAGACGUCCGAUACGUAAUCGGCUGUUACGCGAUCGUGCCAUUAAAAUAAACGAGGAACGGAAUGAUUUCACGACCGACGAUGAUACCAUUUCGGAAGUGAAAACUGGCCGAUACUGGACCAAAGAGGAACGAAAGAAACAUGCUGAAAAAUCGAAGGAACGUCGCUACAGACAGGAGACAUUAAUUGCAGCGAAAAACUAUCAAAUCGACGAAUCAAAGAUGCAUCAACAGCAACUCCAUCACACCAUUUCCCAUCUGCCAGAACAUCAACGAAUAAUCAAUCAUCAAUCGAAUACAGUUAACACAGCAGCGCCAGCAGUGAAUAUGGUACAUUCAGCAUAUUACACAAAUGCUACAAUGCCAAAGAAUUUAGGGAAUCGAGUGGUUCAAAUGAACAGCACAAGCCAUCGAAAAACGGUGAAAAAUAAGAAAAAAGAUGACUCUUUGAAUGCAGUGACUGUGAGUAAUAAUGCUGCACACAAUGAAAAAUCAGUAACAGUUGUCGCUAACGAUAGCAAUAAAUUAGCUGGCCUGUUAUCGGUCACAACGGUUUAGUUAAA